AUGUCACGUUCACGAAACAAGAGCCCUCUACCUACUCGUGAAGACAUCGAGAACCUGUUUGAAACAGCACGUCAAGCAUCGAAGAGACAGUACCAGCGCCAUAAAUUCGCAUAUCUGAGCCAGGCGCUUGGCAAGUUGUUCUCCAACUCCCUUCAAUGGCUGCAUGCUGAUGUAGAUCCGCGCACAGUUCUUCUCGAAACUCUACAAGAUGAGCGAGCCAUCUUAGAUCAGCACAACCGCCUUCAAGCCAAGGCUCUCUUCGAGCGAGAAGAAGUUGAUGCACUGUCUGAGGAACCUGUCAACUUCCCUCUUCGCCAUCUGUGUCAGAACGUGAAGCUGCCUGUGGACUUCUUCCAGCCAAUCUAUCAGGUGGAUGAUCACACUGAGGUCAAGAAAGCAGCCCAGCGAGCUCGUUCAGCCGCAGUCGUUACUACUCCAUCGACCACCCCACCGCACAACCCUGGUAAACUUUCCGACGCUCCAAUGCCAGGGCUUCACUUUCCAGAUGGAAAUUUCACACUUGCAGAGAUCGCAGCAUUCCUACCUCAGUCCAUCAAAUGCUGGGAUAUGAUCGACCGUAUCAUCUGGAACGGCGCUACGAGCAACGAUCUCCAGAAGCUGAUCAACAAAUACCGCACUAUGCCCUCUGGCGAGAUAGAUAUCAAUUCUGUCUACAUGAUGAUGCGUGGACAGAUGCGUAGGCGCACCGGGGCUGAACACAACUAUCAUCAAUGGUCAAGUUGGGUUGUUGGCGAUCAAGACAAGGUUCAGAAGCCAGAUGACUUCAACCCAGACAGCAUUAGUGUCACAGGGUUCCGUCGAGUGGCAGUUCCCAAGAAUCGCCCUUACGUGAGUGCUGAACCGAUUCUCUUUAGGAACCUUGCUCUUGGUGUCUCCGUCUUCCCCGAGGGUGAAGAUGCUCUCGACUUGACCCGCUGCGUCGCGUGGUGCGUCGACCAUCCAGAGGAGGACUAUUACUACCCGACUGACUAUCUUGCGGUCUUAAAUCUUGCGGGUGGAUCCGUAGCGCCUGAUGCUGUUCAUGCAGAUGGCGCAGUCCUUACGCGACUUAGGUCUGGAACAGGUCGUACUCAUCCUAGGCGACGUCGUACAACGGCCAACCGCAAUCAGAAUGGUAGCGGCCUUCCUCGAGAUAACGGAGAUGCUCAAUCACGCAAGCGUAAGCGGGGUAACUCUUCUCAAGCGAAGCUUGAUUCCACUGCUCGCAAGUCUCCACGUAAGCCUCUGCGUCUUUCCGAGGCCACUGAUUCUGAAGGAGACACGGAUGACGCGGCAUAUCAGGCGCCCAAGCGAGUGAAGAAGAACAAAGAUGGCCCUCGCCGAUCCACUCGCACAACACGCUCCGUCGACUAUGACGAGGUUGAUAUGGAUCUGGUCCUUGGCGACGAUCACCUAGUCGGAAACUGA